AAACUUAGUUAUUAGAACCAAUGCGCGCGAUCAUAUCGGGACAGGAGCCGCUCAGUGUUUUCCCGCGCUCCUCUCGGCUAUCAGAUUUCCUCCCGCAACCUUCUCUGUCAGACAUGUCCCGAAGCUGCAUUGUGGUUGUGGCGGCAUGCGCGUUGGCCGCGCUCUGCAGGUUGCCCGGCUCUACCGCACAGGCGCUCGCUCCUCAGUAUGACUCAUCAGCAGCAGCGGAAAGUGCGAGCGGCUGGGAGGCACUAGGUGGUCUCUACGCACUGCUGGCGCAACACGACGCGCUGGGCGGGCACGCGCUCGCGCGCAAGUCCGUACGCUCGCCCUCGCGCCGUCUGCGCUUUGGCCGACGCUCGGACCCUGACAUGCCGCCUCAAGCACCACUGGACGAGAUGGAGGAGCUGCUGUCCCUGCGCGAGAUCCGCACGCCGGUACGCCUGCGCUUCGGCCGCCGCUCCGAGGAGCACGCCGUGCCACAUAUCUUCCCACAAGAGGAGCAGGAUCGCUCGGCGCGCGCUCCCUCCAUGCGCCUACGAUUCGGCCGCCGAUCUGACAACAACAUGUUUUUACUGCCCUUCGAAUCAACUCUGCCCAAGGAAGUGAAGGCCAGCGCGGAGGAGGACAACAGGCAACAAGAUUAAGCGACAUAUCCACUCUAGCUAUAGACAUCCCCUCCACACACCCCUACUACUAUCGAUAAGGAAAUAUUUACCUACGACAAACAUUCUACGUGUCAAAUAUUCAAUAUCAAUUUUUAAAUGUUAUUCAAAUACUUCGUAAGUUUAUGUACAUAAUAAUCAGAUAAUUUAAUGUAUGUUGUUAGUUAUGGAACAGACUUAUAUAUCCUAAUUCCAGUGCUUUUGUUACGGGUAGACUUGAAAGUUGCACCUAUGAUUUAUUUCAUCUCUUUUAAAUUCAUUAAUUUACUUUGGUUUCAUUGCAUCAAAAUAUCAUAAUGCCAUUGAAUUUAUAUCUCCUAAAUUUCAUAACAACUCAGUCCCAAAAUGCCUAAAUAUCAAAUUGUGUCCUUCUUAAAAUGGCCAAAUGUCAUAAUGACUUUUAUUCAUAUCGUUUAAGUCUAAAAAUACCUCAUCAUCAUCAUCAUAUCAGCCUUUUAUCGCCCACUGCUGAGCAUAGGCCUCUCUUCCAGUACGCCACUUGUCCCGAUCCUGAGCUAAUCGCAUCCAGAAGUGUCCCGCAAUUUUCCGAAUGUCGUCCACCCAACGAAAAAUACCUAAAUGUUAAAAAGUAUGUUUCAUCAAAUACCGAAUCUGAUGGAUUCUUUUUUAAAUAUACUAAGUUUAAUUAUGUCUGAAGUGCAAUUUUAUAACCUUUGUCGUAUGUACAAUAUUUUUUUACAAUCUGCCGGAGCUAAAGACGGAUAACAGGUAUUAGAUAAAAUAGCACUCAUGAAUGUAGGUAAGUUGACAUUUAGGUAUUAUGACACCACGUCAAUUCGAAGUUUAGGCAUUUUGGGAAUGUAGUAAUUUGGGAAAAAAAGUUAGGCAUUCUGAGAUUCAGGCAGUUUGAAACUAUUCACUUUUGAAAUCUAGGAAUUUUGGUAAACGGGUAAAAUGAAAUUAAGAUUAAAUGAAACCAAAGCAUUAAUUUUCAUGUCAUAGUCGAUACCGAUGUCAUUCUAGUCAAUGUUGUAUUAAGACUGUAUUUUAGUUUAAGUUUCUUACGUUGAUCGCUCUUAUAGUUUGUAAUAACAAAAUAUAGAUAUUUUCUUGCGAAGAGUUGUACAUUUCAUGAGCUGGGUAAAUGUAAAACUGCUUCGUUCGUAGGUACUACUAAUAUUAAAAUAAUACUCGCCGUCACUUGUCAAAACAAAAUGCUAAUGUUAUAUUUUCAUGUCGGGAAAAUUAGGUAUACUAUAUGUAGUAAAACUAUGUUAAUUUUGUAUAGAUAUUAUAGUGCAAUUGAUGAGUUGAAAUAUAAAAAAUUGCCAACAUA